AGCCACCACGCCCAUUUACACUGUUGAUCAAGAAAGUUGAAGAACCGAUCAUGUCGGGUGGUAACAAAGACAGACUCCACGUAUUCCCUUCCAGAAUGGCCCUCACACAGAUGAAGGGUAGACUUAAAGGAGCUCAGAAAGGGCACAGUCUCCUCAAGAAGAAAGCUGAUGCCCUCACCCUCAGAUUCCGUCAAAUUUUGACAAAAAUCAUAGAAACUAAGACUUUAAUGGGUGAUGCAAUGAGGGAGGCACAGUUUUCACUAGCAGCUGCUAACUAUUCUGCCGGUGACUUCAGUCAGAUGAUAUUGCAGAAUGUUGAUAAAGCUCAAGUUAAACUAUUGGCCAAGAAAGAUAAUGUAGCAGGAGUUACACUGCCUAUCUUUGAACCAGCAGUAGCAGGAACAAGCAGUUUUUCACUGACUGGUCUUGCACGAGGUGGUCAGCAAGUGACCAAAUGUAAGGAGAUGUUUGGUAAAGCUGUUGAGCUUUUGAUUCAGCUUGCCUCUCUUCAGACGUCAUUUGUGACACUUGAUGAAGUUAUUAAGAUUACCAAUAGGAGGGUCAAUGCUAUUGAACAUGUUAUUAUUCCUCGAAUUCAAAACACAAUGAAAUAUAUUACAACUGAACUGGAUGAGAUGGAAAGAGAAGAGUUCUACAGGCUAAAGAAGAUCCAACAGAAGAAGAAACUUCAAAAGGAGAAAGCUGAGUUGGAGAAAAAGAAAAAAGGGCUGCUUUUAUCUGGAGAAGAAGCAAGAACAAUAUUUGAAACUGGUGAAGAUGAAGACUUGUUAUUUAAAUAAGCUAGUGCCAUUAGUUUGUAUCAUUACCUUUAGAGACCAGCGUAACUAAUUAAAUUUUGUGUCUAUUAAAAUUAUAUAAUUAUUAUUAUUAUGCAAUUGUUAAUUUGUUAUAAUAGAGGAA